CAUAGAGACGAUCGCAUGAGUUUGAACAUUCGACGCCUACGAAGCCCUUCCUCCAAUUUUCUAUUCUUUAUUUAAAUAAAUAUUAAAAUCCUCUAUAUAUAUGCGCUUUCAUUUCUGCUCUCCUCUCUCUCUCUCAAAGCUGCAGAGAACCUUCCAUGGCUGCCAGUUCUCUCUCCAAGGAUCUUGGCCUGAAAUGGAUGAUAUAGAAUUCAAGGCGACGUAGGAAACGCUGAAAGAGGAGUUAUUCGAUACUCUGGCUGUGUAGGAUGCUUGAUACCCAGCACUUAGAAAUGGGAUAGAUAUUUAAUUGGCUGCUAGUGCAAGAUGGCUAAGAAUGAAGACUCUGGUAGCCCUGGAUGGACUGCUUCGUAUAUCAUGCAGACAACAGAGGACGUUGUCGCAAGAGCGGUUGCUGCUGCAGCUGCAGCUGCCACCGUUCAUACCUCACGCCCAUCUGUGAUCUUUUCAUCCAAAGAUGAUCAUGGCAACAGCCAACUUCAGAAACUACAAAGACAGGUUACAAGAGUCUUGAAGGGGUUUUCUUCUCCACCUGAAGUUAAAAGAGGAGCUUACAAUCCAGAAGUUCUUACCAGCCAAAAGCGCCAGUGGGCAAGCUUACAGUUGCAGUCCUUGGAUCAAAGGCCUGUCAAAGAGCCUUCCAGGCUUUUUGAGAGCAUGGUUGUUGUUGGACUUCAUCCUAACUGUGACACUGAGGCACUUCAAAAACGGGUGUAUGAGGAAAAAUCUGAUGGUCCAAAGAAAUUACGAAGUUCACUAAGUUUCCAGCAUCAAAUUCACGGAGAACCUAAGCUUGAACCACAGGUUUUGUUUGUUUAUCCUCCGGAAAAGCAACUGCCUCUCAAAUAUAAGGAUCUUCUCUCAUUCUGUUUUCCUGGAGGUGUGGAGGUUCAUGCUGUGGAAAAAACUCCUUCGAUGAGUGAGUUGAAUGAAAUUCUUCUUGGGCAGGAGCACCUUAAACAAAGUGAUCUAUCCUUUGUGUUUCGGUUACAGGUGGCUGAUGAUUCAACUUUAUAUGGAUGCUGUGUGUUAGUAGAGGAAAUUGUACAAAAACCUUCAGGAUUGAUUUCAAUGAUUUCAGAGGAACAGCCUUUUUGCUCAUCCUUGAGCCGUCUUGUCAUAACCACACCCCGGUGUUAUUGCAUACUCUCAAGGCUUCCAUUUUUUGAUUUGCAUUUCGGUAUACUUAAAAGCAUCUUCACUGAAGAAAGGCUGGAACGGCUGACACAAGGAGUUGGUAUGUUAGGUCUGGUGCCGCCUGAGGAUUGUGAUAAGGAAGAAGAAACACAUGGUAAAUCUGCCAAGAGUUCACCAAAGCAUAACUGUACGGAGGACAUACAAAUACGAGUGAUUGACAUGUCUGAAGUGAGUGCAGAAGUUUCUGCAUCUAGAAGUGUGGACAAUGGGAGUGACCUUAAGCACUUUGACUCAGAUUUGUCGAGGGAAGCCAUUGACACUAAGAUGAAUUUUCAAGUCAAUUCAGAGACAGGAGGGCUUACGAAUAAAAGUGAAUCUGGAGUUACAUUGCAGGCUUCUAAUGGCCAUGAUGUCUCAGUUGAUGAUGCCACAAGAAACAAACAAACAAUUGAAAAGCGCUUACCAGAGACAGUGUUGCCUCUUUUGCGGUAUCACCAAUCUGAAAGUUCUGAAUCAUCUACCAGUUUCCAGGGUUCCCCUUGUGAUGACAGGCACUGUAGAAGUGAGAUAGAUGAAGCAGAGAUGGAAGAGGCCUCUUCAUCUGGCCAGGAAGAUUUCAACGAUCACAUUGACAUUCUUGAAUGGGCAAAGGCAAACAAUCAUGGAUCAUUACAAAUAAUUUGUGAAUAUUACCGGCUACGCUGCCCUGCCAGAGGUUCAACACUUACUUUCAACCCUCUGGAACACCUGCAUCCCUUGGAAUUUCAUCGACCAGGCGAGACAAUACUGCAUAUUGCUGGUUCAACCAUUGAUCUAAGAUCUUGCAGUACGAGUUUGGAAGUCGCUGAGGCACAUGGUGCACUCUUGGCAGAGGAGGAGGCAAUUGCUCUCUCCGUAUGGACCAUUGCAUGCAUAUGUGGUAACUUGCGGCUUGAACAUGUGUUAACAAUGUUUGCGGGGGCACUUUUGGAGAAGCAAAUUUUGGUUGUAUGCUCCAAUUUGGGGAUCUUGUCUGCUGUAAUUUUAUCAAUUAUCCCGCUGAUCCGGCCCUACCAGUGGCAGAGCCUAUUAAUGCCGGUUUUGCCAAAUGACAUGCUGGACUUUUUGGAUGCACCCGUUCCAUAUGUGGUUGGCGUAAAGAACAAAUCUUCUGAAGUACAAUCGAAGUUAGCAAAUGUCAUUGUGAUUGAUGCCGACAAAAAUCAGGUGAGGUCCCCUGGACUACCGCAAUUACCGCAGCAUAAAGAGUUACUCUCAUCUCUUAGUCCAUAUCAUGCAAAGCUGGUGGGAGAAAGCUACUUAGCAAGAAAAAGGCCAGUCUAUGAAUGCACUGAUGUGCAGGUUGAAGCUGUGAAAGGGUUCUUAGCAGUCCUCAGAUCUUACCUGGAUUCUCUCUGCUCAAACCUGCGUUCUCACACGAUUACAAAUGUGCAAUCCAAUGACGACAAGGUCUCUUUACUUCUAAAAGAGAGUUUCAUCGAUUCAUUCCCAAGCCGCGACAGGCCCUUUAUGAAGCUCUUCGUGGACACACAGCUCUUCUCUGUACAUACAGAUCUUGUUCUCUCAUUCUACCAAAAGGAGUAGUUUGGCUGCUGCUGCAUCAAUCGUUGGCGAUGAUCUGGAUAGAAUGUCGUGAGCCCAAACUCCAUAAUUCAUAUUUAUUCUUCUUAUUGUAUGUUGUUUUCACCUAUACAGUUUGUUUUCACAAUCGGCGCAAUAGAAAUUUUCUGCAA